CUUCAUCAUUCCACACCGAGAAUCGUUGGAAAACCAUUUUUGAGGAAUGUGCGGCCGCCCAGAUGCAAAAGAUUUGUCCGUGCCGUAAACUUUCUCUGUGCAGGAGUGACAGGGAGGAGAUUUCUACCAACUGGAGUCCGUUUACGAGGGGAAGAAAAGCGCACAUCUCUCAGGCAGUGAAAUAAGAUUCCACUCCGCCUGAAACAAGGUGAGCCAGAGCAGACCAACUCUCUGACUAAUGGUACGGUAGUUUUCCACUGCAAAAUGUCCAGAGCUGACCCCAGCACACCGGUCCAAAUACGACGGUGACUCAUCAACACAGGAAGGUGAUUAUCAAUGAAGGAUGAGUGAUUUCCAUUACCAUAGGAAAGGAAAAGAGAAAAAAAAGGGGUGAGCGUCUGCAUCAGACUGACAUGCCAUGCAGCGAGGCAGGCACUAGGACCUGAGCGUGCGGAGGAGAACAGACACUGGAACUCCUCUGACUAAACUUUCAGAACAAUCAAUUUCCCAAAGAGUAUAGGAGUUGAGCUAGAGUGAAUGGCAGAAGACCUGGCUUUUAAACCUUGAAAAAAGGGAUCUGGGCUUGGCUUGUGGGAUAAUUCCGUGGACUGCGUGCAAGGUGGAAUAUACUGCAGUUUUCCCGGGGACUUUUACACUUGCCGAGGAGGGGGAAGAGAGGCAAAGGGUACGGCACAGAGCGAGGGAGGGGCAGUCCUGAUGGCAGCCGACUGGGGCGUGGCCCGUACCAGACGAGCGCUCUAGGAGCCCGGCAGGGGGCCACACUUCACCUGGAGACAUUCCACAGGACGUGUGCCCAUGAGUUCGUCGACGCUGGUCCUGCUCUUCCUGAUCAGCGUCCAGGCUGUACUGAACAUGGGAGAGGGGGCGGGGCAUGACGCGGCGGCUCGCGCCAAGGCGCCUGCGGGGCCCGCGGCGGCCGGCGAGCGACGGCAGGACGCGCGCUCUCACUCCAUCCCCACGGUGGACCCCAAACUCUUCAACAAGCGCCGCUACCGCUCGCCACGCGUGCUCUUCAGCGUGCUGCCGCCCGACGCGGACGAGGGCGCCGCCCGGGGCGGGGCGGGGCCAGGGACGGGGGCGGGGGCCAGGGUGAGGCGGCGGGCGGGGCAGCCCCAGCACCGCGGCGAGUACUCGGUGUGCGACAGCAUCAGCAACUGGGUGGGCAACAAGACCAAGGCCACGGACAUUUCGGGCAACGAGGUGACGGUGCUGCCCGACGUCAACAUCAACAACGUGAUUAAGAAGCAGUUCUUCUUCGAGACCACGUGCCGCGGAAACACCCGCUCGGGCUCGGCCGCGGGCUGCCGGGGGAUCGACAGCCGCCACUGGAACUCAUACUGCACCAACACGCACACCUACGUGCGGGCGCUCACCUCCUUCAAGGACCUGGUGGCCUUCCGGCUCAUUCGCAUAAACGCCGCCUGUGUGUGUGUACUCAGUCGCAAGUCCUGGAGACACUGACCCCCCCACCCUCCCCCCCAAAUACCCCCCCAUCCUGUCCUGCCCCAUCACAGAGCCAUGCGCCCCCACCCCCACCCCAGAUCCGCAAUCAAACCUCCGAAACAGCCACAUCUGCCUUAAUGCCAACAAACUGACCCCUCUGCCGACACCCAGCCCCCCCACCCCCUCCCCCGCCCUACCUCACUCUGUAAAUUAUUGGUUGUUUUAAGUUAUGAGGACUGCAUGUCAUAUUUAUAGUUUAUACAGUCAAAACACUAAAUAUAUAUAUAAAUAUAUAUGUAUAAAUAUACAAAAAAGAAACCAAGCUUUUGUUGUGUUGUUGUUGACAUUGUUAUUUAUUAAACGCAUUGGUACGUGCCUAGAGUAUGGCUGUCAUUUAUAAAUCAACCAGGGCAGGUAGCAGGAAGGUCUGCUGGUGACCAAAGGCCAGAGGUCACAAAUAAGUCACGUGUCAAGUUCAUGACCUUACUGUAUCGGGAGCCUGACCAGGCCAACACUGAUGUGAGAUCAGUUUGCCCAACUUCUGGGGAGGUGCUCUGACAACAAGCCACUGGCCUGACCAAUCACCGUUCCUUGGAGGCGGAGCAUCAACCGGGGGUGGCCAUUCAAGCCAAACACUGGAUGAAACUUGCUACAGCCAAUCGGAUUGCAGGAAACCAGUCUCAAAAACUAUUACCUCAAUUUUCAGAUGCUCUUGAAGUAAAAAACUUGUCCUAUGUAUCUUAAUGACCUAAUGACUUUCAACCUCAGCGUCCAAUAGGAUGUAGUUGUGUGUGUUCUACAUGCUCCAAAACAUAUACAUACAUUUUGGUACUGCAACCUACAAGCACAAACACUAUGAGGGCAGCUCAAAUACAGACAC